UAAAAUUAUAAAAGUCUUUUCAAGCUAAAACCAAAUUCUCAUUCUCUAAUUUUACCACCUAAACAUUAAAACCUUAAAAAUUCAUAACAAAUAAUGUCAUUCCCAAUCCCUACCUCUAUUCCCAAGCGCACUUUACUAAACAUAAAAUUUUGUGAAUUUUAAGAAUUAAAUUCUCAUUCCCAUAUCCUAAAAACCCCUAAGUUUUAAGAUAAAUUAAAGUUUGGAACUUUAGGUGAAUUAAAUGUGGAUGGAAGUAUAAAAUAACAUUUGACAACAAUUUCAUCAUCCUUUUCCCAACAAACCCAUAAAAUUUUCAAUCCAAAUUCCAGUGUAAAUACUCAUAAACCCUAGACAAAGAAUUAAGCUUUUGUACUUUCAGUUCAAAUAUGGGUUUUUCGAAUAAUAGCGUAUGCUUCUUCAAAGUGUUCCAACCUCAAUUUUCCUCUGAAUCUUUGAUGAUCCCACCCGCAUUUGCAGAGAAGGUAAGUGGAAAAUUACCCAACAGAGUUUUUCUAAAAGGUUACAAGGUUUGGCUGGUAAAUGUAGGUAAAAUUGGAGAUCGUUUACAUUUUCUAGGAGGCUGGUCUAAGUUUGUUUCUGAGAAUUUCAUUGAACAUGGAGAUUUUAUGGUUUUUAAGUAUCAUAGUAAACGGUUUUUUGAUGUUACUUUGCUUGGGAGAAAUGGUUGCCAAAAAGUACAAGUUAAUGGUAAUGAGAAUGAAAAACAAAUGGAAGUUGAUGAUGGGAAGAAUGAUGAACAAAUAGAGGAUGUAGAUGUAAAUGUGGAUGUGGAUGUGGAUGUCACUAUACUUGAGAGAAAUGGUUGCAUAAAAGUACUAGUAGAUAGUGGUAAGGAGGAGGAAGAACAAGUAGAUGUUGAUGUGGAUGAUGAUGAUGAUGAUGAUGAUGAUGAUGAUGAUAUGUAUGAGGUUGGUGAUGAUGAUGAUGAUGAUGAUGAUGAUGAUAUGUAUGAGGUUGGUGAUGAUGAUGAUGAUGAUGAUGAUGAGUAUGAAAAAAGGAACAAGAGAAAGCUUAACAAGAUUUCAUCCAUAAAAAAAUCUUCAGCUUCCAAGAACAAUGGAUACGUUGACAAGGAUGAACAUGACUAUAAUGAUGAAAGGCCUCCGAAAAAAUCGAGGAAUGUUUUGCCUAAGAAAAAUGGGAAAGGUGAACGAUGGAAAAAAUUGAUGGAGUAUCUGCCGGAGAAGAAUCCAUUUUUUAUCACAGGAAUCGUGAAAUCUGAUUACGACAGAGAUAGACUACAUAUACCAACGACUUUUAUGGUCGAGUCCAAACUCAAGUUUGAAGACGAGAUUGUGCUACAAGACCCAGAAGGAAGAAAGUGGGGUGGAAAUAGAAAUUUACAGCAAAAUGGGUCAGUCUGGAUCCAAGGAGGAUGGACGAACUUAUGUGAUGCCAAUGGCGUUACAGAAGAUGACACCGUCAUCUGUGAGCUUCUGCCUCAAAAGGGAAAAACUCGCAAAGUCAUUAAGGUUCAGAUAAUUAGAUCUUCAACUGAAUAAACUGUCAAAGGCAAAUGAUUUACCUAGGAAUUCUUGUUGAUUAGUUUCACAAGUAUUGUUUUAGAUUUAGCAUUCUUUUCCAUUAAUUCUUUUUUAUUUCAUACUUAAUCACAGUUUGGAGGAAUUAUUGUAUCUUUGUACAGGUAAUACGAUUUUUAAUCAGAUUUCUGCUAGUACAUAUGGUUCUCAUUUGGG